CUCGGCCACUCCAGCACUCGCGCUCGGCACAAUCAAAAAUGCUGUCGUCUGCAGGCCGCAGUCUGCUGAGCGAGGCGUUGUCACCGUCGGGUCGCCAGGUCCUCAACGAUUUCUUCGAAGCGAGUGCUGGCACACGUAGCAGCACGCGGGCCAGCCCGGUCCACUACACGUUCCAGACGCUGCCGCUUCUGACCGAGGUUGUGUGCCAUUCGCGACACGUUAUGGACGUGCUGAGGUUGACAGUCAACGUCCACGGUGCCGUCAUCGUGUCCAAGGUGUACCCUCGCAAGCAGAAAUUGCAGCCGACGGUGGCGUCGCCCACUGCAGCUCUCAAGAAGGACGCGGUAGCCAUCGUUGACAUGGACAACCUCGGACUCAUUCGGAAAGAUGAUACCCUCGUGAGCAUCAACCAGAGGCCUGUGGACGAUAUCGACGAUGCUCUGGAUUGGCUUGCCCACAUGCCGCUGCCCCUCACGCUGGUCUUUAGCCGCGCUGUGGUCCGUAAGAACACGCUUGGCGAAUACUCCCUGGACGACUUACGCCGUCAUGCCGAGCACAACCACAGUCGACUGCUCACGCGGCACUCUCCCGCGGACGUCGCACAGAUGCUGCACAUGAUGAUCGAGUUCUCCGACUCGGGCGGGUCCUACCGCAUGCUCAAGGAUUUUAUCCAGGACGCCGACAACUUUUUCCUUCCUUCGUCGUCCGCAUCGACUACUUUGUCGCACGUGUCCUUGCCGUCGCUCACGGCCUCGUUCGACACGGUUAGCCGGUACAUCCACCAAAUGCACGCGUUCAUGGCGGCGGACGACGCCAGCAAGCGCAAGCGAUGGGCCGAAGACAAGCAAGUUCGCGCCAAGCGCCUGGAAUCGAUGCAGAAGCAGCUCAAGCUGCUCGAAGCCAAGCUGACGGCGCAGGCAAAGGCGGUGACCACGGCCAAAGUGUCGCAAGAGUACAUCGACCUGCGGACACUUGUGGACCAACUGCGCCUGGACGUCGAACAGUCCAAGCAGAUGCACUAUCUGCCGUCCUGCGAAGGCUUCACCCUUCGGUUCGGGACCGCCGGUGUCUACGCUGGCGUCGGGUACGGAGUCCAUUGCAAGGUGGUCGUUGACCCGUGGGACGGUGUGCUGAUGGUGUAGGGACGUUUGGAUCUCGUCGUACCACACGUCGUUUUCAAUCGAAACGCAGCGCCACGCCCCGCAGGUGCUUCUCCGACUCACGCCGCUGUCGGACGCCGGGCUCAAGAUCCGUGCCAUGAACUUCAAAGUGUUUUCGGAAGGCCGGCUGAUGCUUGUCCCGACCUUCCACGUGGACGAGAUGAACAUCGAAGUGCACUUCUCCGCCGACCUUCCCUUGAUCUUUGACGCGGUCCACGGCUGGCGCGUCCACGACGACGGCAUGCGGCUCAACUUUUCAAGCCUCAAGUACUACGAGCGCCAAGCGCUGUCCAACGUCCAGGGCAAGUCACACGACAACGUGAUGAAAACGUUCUUGAACCGGAUCAUCCCGUCCGUCGUCAAGGAUGCCAUCACGUCCGUGCUGUGCCCAGAAGUCGGCGCCCUGCUGUUGGACGGGCGCGCCAAGGUCCGGCUGUCCGGCGACUUGCACGUGGAGGGCCGGAACCUAGCUGUGUUUGACGCCCCCCUUGGGUCACCAUCCAACACGCGGGCGACCGAGAUCGAUGGCCAAGACGCCGCCGUUGCCGUCGAAGCGCGCGACUUGAUCGGGUGUUCCAUCGCGCAAGGCGAUCUCCUCUUCAAGCUGUACAAACAGUUUGUCCUGCCCACGUCGACGACGAAGUCCAAGUCGAAUGCAAACAACCAAUUCCCCCACUUGGCGAUUCGGGAUCUUGUGGAGUAUGGCGUCCGCCUCCGGCACGCUCCCGCUGUCCGCGCGCUCCUCACCGCGUGCUGGCAACUUGCCAUUCACCUCUUGACUCCCGAAUCGUCCCAUGAGUCGCUGGACUUUGCCAACUUGAUGGCCAACGUGGCGCAAAUGGAGACUUACCCCGUGGACAUUUCGCUCGGGUUGCACAGCACCAACAUCCGCGUCGAUUUGUGCGAAGUCGCCGCGGCGUCGUACACGGCGAUCGAGCGCAUGAUGCGGCAGAAACUCGCCAAGGCGGACGUGUCCAAGGCCGUCGAGAUCAAGCUCGAGCUCUCGGCGCUCGAUGCGUCAUACAACCAAGUCAACAUGUGGCUGUCGACGGUCGCGAGCCGCGUCGACGAACUCGUGGUCAUGGUGAAGGGCGGCUUGCCCGCGGGGUUUGACUCGAAGCUGUCGUUUGAAGCGACCGAGUUGUCGUGCAAAGGACCGUGGCAAGCAAACUUCGACAUCCCCCUCACACCGACGACUGCCGCCCCCGCCAAGACGGCGAAGACGGACAAGAAGGCCGACAAGAACCAAGGGCGGACAGUGCUGGCCCACGACAACGGCGAGUUGGUUGUGAGCCACUUUGUCAAUGUCCCAGGUACCGACGACGAGCAGGAAUUGCAAGUCCGGAUGCAAGAUGCCGCGUUCCGCGUGCUCUUGGAGAUCCCACCCAACGAUUCCGUCCCAACCAACGUGGAAGCUAUGGAGCUCAAGCUGGACACGGCAGCGGCGCCGUCCGUGUCGCUAUCGAUGGGCGAAUGUGCCAAGUGUGCCAUUUCGUGCAAGCGCCUUGCGCUGUGCAGUCCGAUGUGGGCCGUCGUCCAGUUACUCGGCGACGCGUUCCAGCAGAGCCCGGUCGUGCUCGACUACCUCCGGUCGCCGUACUUCGCGUUUUCCUUGCGGUUCUUCACGUCCAUCCAAGUCACGCCAGAGCAAAUGUACUGGACUUUGAACAGCGCGUCACUGAGCGAAAGCGCCGUCAGCUACGUGACGCAUCGCGUGUGUGUGUCGCAGCUUCUCCGCGAUUUGAACGCCAAGUCGAUGAUGGAAGCCGAGGUGAUGGGUCCUGGCGCGGCGGCCGUCGAGUUGGACGCAAUCCAAACACAGCAGCUCCACGAACUGCAACAUGCGGCGAAACUAAACCGGUCGCAGAGCACGGCGACGGGUGGCCGCCCCGGCCUCGCAAGACAAGACACGUUCUUUGGCGAUAGGGACCCUCGCCGGCAGCACAUGUUUCAGCUAGAUGAACACGACGACCCAGAACCCGCGGCGGAAGCAGCCCCCGUGUCGGACGAUGAUGCGUAUUCGUUUUAGCGUCAACCAUGAAUCGAUGGCCAUGCCUGCGCCACCCAUGCUUGCAUCACGCUGACGGCGACGGAGUGUGUUUUGUUUCAAACUUGCAGCGUGUACAGCGAGACAAGCGUCUGAAAACGAAAUCCCACCGACUGCAAUGCGAGAUGGAUGGCCACGACCGCCCACACGAUCGUGUACGGCACGAUUCCUUCCAUGAUGGUAAAAACGAGUGGAUGCCAAUCGUUGAC